CCAGAAGUAGCAGCGCCUGGGGACUGAGCUGCCCGCUACUCGCGCCCCCGUUAAACCCUAAACUCUGUCUUCCUCUCUCUCUCUCUCUCUCUCUCUCCCUACAUUGAUGUAGAUCAAAGCCAUAGACAACGCGCUGAUAACAGGCGAGGCUUUUGCUGCCCGCUUCAAGGACCCAUUUCUGGAAUCUGAAGAUCUCCAACAAUGGCUUGUAUUUUCAAAUCUAAACACCACCGAUGGACAUCGAGGGUUUAUCUCAUUGUCCCCAGAACUGCAAGCUCAUAUUCUCUAAAUCUAACCCAUUUCUUCAGCUCAACCCAAUAUUCAAUCUCCUCCAACGAUCAAACUCCAAUCUCAACUGCUACUCCAAGCAUAAACACAGAUUCCGCCGAUGCUGACACUAAACUGGAUGCAUCAAAGCCAGAUGCAGUUCAAGCAGAGGAGAAGCAGAGCCAGAGAAUCCCACGAGGUAAGCGUCCAAACCCAGAGAAAUUAGAGGAUACAAUAUGUAGAAUGAUGGCGAAUCGUGCCUGGACCACCCGUUUACAGAACUCGAUACGAGCUCUUGUUCCCGAGUUUGAUAACUCGCUAGUUUAUAAUGUAAUCCACGGAGCGCAAAACUCGGAGCACGCGCUCCAGUUCUACCGAUGGACCGAGCGAGCCGGUUUGGUCCGUCAUGAUAGGGAGACCCACAUGAAAAUGAUUGAAAUUCUGGGGGGAGCUUCUAAGCUCAACCAUGCCCGUUGCAUACUCCUGGAUAUGCCCAAAAAGGGUGUUGAGUGGGAUGAGGAUAUGUUUGUUGUACUGAUUGAAAGUUAUGGCAAAGCUGGUAUUGUUCAAGAGGCUGUGAAAAUCUUUCAGAAAAUGAAAGAGCUAGGCGUGGAGAGGACUGCAAAAUCUUAUGAUACGUUGUUUAAAGUGAUAUUGAGGCGCGGGAGGUAUAUGAUGGCUAAGAGGUAUUUCAAUGCAAUGUUGAAUGGAGGUAUAGAGCCGACUCGACAUACCUAUAAUAUCAUGCUAUGGGGUUUCUUUUUGUCUAUGAGGCUUAAUACUGCAUUGAGGUUUUAUGAAGAUAUGCAGAGUCGGGGGAUUUCGCCAGAUGUUGUCACUUACGACACUAUGAUUAAUGGGUAUUGUAGGUUUAAGAACAUGGAUGAGGCUGAAAAGUUGUUUGUGGAGAUGAAGGGUAAGAAUAUAGCACCUACGGUGAUAAGCUAUACCACAAUGAUUAAAGGGUAUGUGGCAGUGGAGAAAUUCGAUGGUGCAUUAAGAAUGUUUGAGGAGAUGAAGUCAUUUGGCAUUAAGCCGAAUUCUACUACAUAUUCGACAUUGUUGCCUGGUUUGUGUGAUGGAGGGAAAAUGUCCGAGGCUCAUAUGGUGUUACAAGAGAUGACGGAUAGAUUUAUUGCUCCGAAGGACAACUCGAUUUUUAUGAAGUUGUUAAAUUGUCAAUGCAAGUUAGGGGAUUUGGAUGCAGCUUACGGUGUGCUCAAGGCAAUGAUUAGGUUGAGAAUUCCAACAGAAGCCGGACACUAUGGUGUAUUGAUUGAGCACUUUUGCAAAGCAAAUGUGUAUGACAAGGCAGUGAAGUUGUUGGAUAAGCUUGUUGAGAAGGAAAUUAUUUUGAGGCCACAAAGUACUUUGGAGAUGGAAUCAAGUGCUUAUAACUCAAUAAUUGAGUAUUUGUGUAGCCAUGGUCGGACAGGAAAAGCAGAAGUCUUUUUCCGGCAGUUGAUGAAAAAGGGCAUCCAGGAUGAAGCUGCCUUUAAUAAUUUGAUCCGUGGUCACUCAAAAGAAGGCAAUCCUGAUUCUGCACAUGAAAUUCUAAAGAUCAUGACCAGGAGAGGGGUGCCAAGAGAUGCAGAUGCUUACAAGUUGCUUAUCAAGAGCUACCUGAGCAAAGGUGAACCAGCAGAUGCCAAAAUUGCACUGGACGGUAUGAUUGAAGAUGGACAUCUUCCAGAUUCAUCGGUGUUCAGGUCAGUGAUGGAGAGCUUGUUUGAAGAUGGGAGGGUUCAAACUGCAAGUCGAGUGAUGAGGAGCAUGAUAGAGAAGGGUGUGAAGGAGAACAUGGAUUUGAUUGCUAAGAUCUUGGAAGCUCUUCUCAUCAGAGGUCACGUUGAGGAAGCCCUUGGGCGAACUGAGCUAUUGAUGCAGAAUGGAUGCAUGCCCAAUUUUGAUAGUCUUCUUUCUGUUCUUAGUGAGAAAGGGAAGACUAUUGCUGCUUUGAAGUUGUUAGAUUUUUGUUUGGAGAGAGACUGUACCAUAGAUUUCCCGAGCUAUGAUAAGGUGUUAGAUGCUCUUUUGGCCGCUGGGAAAACCCUCAAUGCCUAUGCAAUACUGUGCAAGAUAAUGGAAAAAGGAAGGAUGAGUGACUGCAAAAUUGGCCAUGAAUUGAUCAAGAACCUUAACCAGGAAGGAAACUCAAAGCAAGCAGAUAUUCUAUCAAGAAUAAUAGAGGGAAGGGAGACUACACUUGCGAACAAGAAAAUGAAGGAGUGACCUGGCAAUAAUCAAAUUACUUGACUAUUGAUUUUUUCUAUUUUUGUUUUUUACAGGUUUAGAAUGGAGAAAUUUUGUGCUUGGAUACUUUAGGAUUGACAGGCAUGAGUUUCGUUCCUAGCGGAAUAAGUUCUGGAAAAUGCUACAUUUUACGAACUCUUUUCGAGAUUUCAUUUUUGAAUAUAAUUAUCUUGAGAAUCUUGAAUACCAGCAAAAUAGAUUCCAGUUCAGCGACAUGGGAGGGUUUAAUUUAACUGACUAUUUAGCAGAGUAUAAUAUCUGUAACUCAUGUUUGUACAGGUUAUUUUGUUUGCCAUGGCUACAUCCUGUAAUGCCUUGUACUUUCCCAGUAAGAUGUUUUCAGUUAAGCUGAUAAAAAGCUAGCAGCCAUUGCAGAUGAGCUGGCUCAUGGUACGGCAUCAAGUAGUCCUGCUCCUGCUUAUGAAGAGAAGAAACAAGGAA